ACAGAUCUACAGAACUAAAAGUGUUUUCAAAAUCUUGACACACACAGACAAAAUUGAAUACAAUGUUGGCAAGGUUUGGCUUCAUUCAGGCUCGCCGUUUCAGUGUUUCAACUGCUUCCAGAAUGCCAAUCCAAGUCGGUGACAAGCUUCCCUCGGUCUCCCUUCAUGAGGGCUCUCCAAAGGGCACAGUUAACAUUGCUGAUUUGUUCAAAGGCAAAAAGGGAGUCCUUUUUGCUGUACCCGGAGCUUUCACCCCAGGAUGUAGCAAAACUCACCUGCCAGGGUAUGUGACUGAUAUCGAGAAGUACAACGCCAAGGGUGUAGAAGUCAUCGCCUGUGUGUCAGUCAACGAUGCUUUCGUCAUGGCCGCGUGGGGCGAAGCUCAUGGUGCUGCUGGCAAAGUCCGAAUGCUGGCCGAUACCACAGGCGAACUGACCAAAGCCAUGGAAAUGGACUUCGACGCAACUCCAUUCCUGGGGGGCAUCAGAUCGAAGAGGUACUCAAUGGUCAUCGAGGACGGCGUGGUGAAGACUAUCAACGUGGAACCUGACGGUACUGGCCUCACUUGUAGCCUUUCCAAUACUAUUCUCAGUCAAUUGUAACUACUUGAGUAGUUCAAAUUCAAAUUAAAUUUUCAAACGAAAUGCGUUAUAAGAAAAGUUUUUUUUAAUUUUUUUUAUUGAUCCCACAGUCCUAGAUCCUGCACGCGCACGAGUGAUCUAUUCGAGUGGAACCAUGGAAUAUCAUGAUGUAGCUGUUAGUAAGCUGCGGAUCUAGGCCGUGAAUUCACAAUGGUGCCAUUCUUGAAUUUGGUGAUUUUGUACUUCGAAGUAGUUGCAAUAUCUUUGGUUUACUGA